AUGUUCGACCUCGCUGAAAUACAGUCAAUUUAUGCGCGGUCUGGUGGUGGCGGGCUGGGUGGCCCAGAGGGUCGACCACCCGUCUUUAAGGCAGUGGGUAUUUCCCUGGCCAUCGGCUCGGGACUCUUCAUUGGCGUGUCCUUUGUUGUGAAGAAGAUCGGUCUCCUCAAGGCAAAUGUCAAGUAUAAUGAGGAUCCUGGUGAGGGAAUGGGGUAUCUGAAGAUGUGGUGGUGGUGGGCUGGGAUGACGCUGAUGAUCAUUGGAGAAAUCUUCAACUUUGUUGCAUAUGCCUUCGUCGACGCAAUUCUAGUGACACCCCUAGGCGCCCUUUCCGUCGUCGUCACCACCAUUCUCUCCGCCAUCUUUCUCAAAGAACGCCUCAGUUUUGUUGGAAAGGUUGGCUGUUUCAACUGCAUUAUCGGUUCCGUGAUCAUCGCGAUGAACGCCCCCACCCAGUCGUCCGUCGCAACCAUCCAAGAUAUGAAACGUUUCGUCAUCGCUCCUGGUUUCCUCACUUGGGCUGGCCUCAUCAUUGCGGGAUCUGCGUUCAUUGCUAUAUGGGGUGGACCCCGAUACGGCAACAAGAGCAUGCUUGUCUACAUCAGUAUCUGCAGUCUCGUUGGUGGUCUGAGUGUUGUCGCUACCCAGGGCCUGGGGGCAGCGAUAAUAUCUCAGAUCCAAGGGGUUUCGCAAUUUAAGGAGUGGUUUCUGUAUGUUCUAUUGGUUUUUGUUAUUGCGACUUUAUUGACAGAGAUUAUUUAUUUAAAUAAAGCGUUGAAUAUUUUUAAUGCGGCAUUGGUUACCCCCACGUACUAUGUCUUUUUUACGAGUGCCACGAUCAUCACCUCCGCAAUUCUGUUUCAGGGAUUUAAAGGAACUGCGAUUAGCAUUACGACUGUUGUCAUGGGCUUUCUUCAGAUUUGUUCUGGCGUUGUUUUGUUACAGCUCUCAAAGUCCGCUAAGGAUGUUCCAGAUGCUGCUAUUUUCAAGGGAGAUUUAGAUCAGGUACGAGAAGUGGCUGAGCAAGAGGAGCCGGAGACGGAACCAAAAGCAGACGCUAUUCGGGGUACGGCUGCGAUAAUUCGACGGAUAUCAGCUGCAAGGCAGAAGAUGGAAGCAGAAGAGGCCAGGAGGUAUUACGAGGAGAGGAAAUUGGAUGAAUUGGAACCACCACGGGAAGGGGAAAUCAUUGAAUGGGACGGCUUGAGGAGACGCAGGACGAUUGUUGGGGAGAGCCCUUUUAGAACCCCUUCCCGUCGAUCAACAGGCCGUCAUCCACCUCUAGGAAUGUCAAAAUUCCCUGAUUUUGUGGACGAUGAGCUUCCCCAGCACAGGCCUAGCACUAAGGGAAGCAUCAAAAGUUCGUUUUUCGCCCGAAGCCGUACGUCCAGCGCGCUGCAUCCGCAUUGGAGACCAACACAUUCUUCCCAGGAACCUCACGGUCCAAUGGCCCCGGUACUAACGACGAUCCCGAGUGAGGCAGAUGAAAGGAGCGGUUUCAAUACUGAUACUGCUGGCAUCGACUCUUCUGGGGCCCUGGGGCAAGCUUUCCAACAUAACAAUGGACAACACCGCCGGAACCGGAGCGGAACUGUACAGACCAUUCAAUGGGCAAAUAGUGUCAAAUCUGUUGAUUCUUCCAACCAGUUCUCGCCCACCCGUAGCACUACUAUUCCACCAACUCCACCGCCGCACCGCCAAUUCUCAUUCCACAACAUUUUCAACCGUCGUUCUUCUAAAGAACCUCUGUCUAGUGGUGCCGGAAUGACUGAAAAUCCUUCACCUGGAAAGCGGCUUUUUGGGUUUGGCCAUCUUCCAUCUCGGACUCUUCACCAUGAGCAGAUACGUGAAAUGAGGGACGGCACAGAAGAAGAAACCCUUGGUCUUGUCAUGGGAGAUAAAUCCCAAUCAAUGGAGGAGCAGAAACCCCAGGAAUAUACGCCGUCACCGUCACUGUCGCCUACAACUCCAACCAUGGACAAGGAAGCUGUUAAAAGCGGUAUGGUCACAGCGAGCCAUCAAGGCCCAAGCAGCUCUCCGUCGGUAUCAAGCGGUUCCUCUACGGGAUCGGGCACGGAAUACAAACUACACCACACAAAAUUUCCUUCACACAACAGAGAUGAAGAGGCUGCAGAAGCUUCGAAACAUCAAAACUUCACACCCUCACCUCCCCAACCACCCAAAUACAGCGAGUCCGCUACAGCCAACUCCAUCCCAACCGAUGAAAUAUAUUCACCACCACCACUAUCCCAUUCCCGCUCCUCCCCACACCUACCUUCUCAUCCAAACAGACGUUCAACUUUCACCCUCCCACCAACACCAAGACACUCACUUCCUGCUGUCCCCACAGAGUCCCACUAUCAACACCCAUACAUAUUCCAAGGCGCGCCGGAAACAGCUGUAUCCCACCAUUCUGCCGCCUCAAUCUCUUCACUUCCACCGCCUCCGCAGAUUCCACUGCCAGAGUCCUCAUCGACAUCUCUUGCUUCAAGUCUUAGUGCGGAGAAUUAG